UGUACUGAAAGCGACACAAACUUUCGGAAUGAUUGGAGUAUUAACCGCCAUGGCUGGUAGUUUCAUAUUUGUUUUAAUGGCAUUAAAGAAUCUGAUGUCUAAACCUGCCAUAAUUGUCAACAUUAUAGCAUUCUUUGUCUCGGCUGCUUCCAGUUUCCUAGCAAUAAUUACAUUCAUUGUUACAUUUGUUAUGACCCCAGAUUCCGAUAGUCCUUCAUGGUGUUUCAUACUGCUAUUUUUCCCUACAGUAAUUACUGGUUUGACUGGAGGUUAUCUGCUCUUGUUCGCUAAAAAGAAAGGUAUAUUAUUUCAAAAGCCACGAGAACCUAUUGAGUAUAUAAAACCGCCAGUUUCAGCAGGCUUACCUACGAAGUCAAAGAUCAAAAUCAGGACUAUCAAUGAACCACAAAAUGUAGACGAGGAAGAAGCUAAAAAGAACAAAGAAUUAAUUGACAACAAAAUCAUAUGAACUUUUUUUUUUUUAUUGUAUUCAACAUUGUUAGACAAACCCAAUUCAAAUACAUGUACUUUUUUCACGAUUUUUUGUUGUCUUGAAAGUGACCAAUUCAAUUUAAAAUUUUGAUGAAGAUGAUAUCAAAAAUCAAUUAUUGAUA